UUUUUAAAGCAAUUCGCCGAUUCGGUUAAAGAUUUUCAAAAUCCAAAAUUUCAUGGGAAGCAACGAUAAUUUCGGCGACGGGAUUUUCAAAACCCGUCCCCAUCUAGCGGACGUCACGAAUCUCCCGGCCAAAAGGUCGUUUUCUUUAGUUUCCGGCGACGGUGGGGACUUGCAGUUCACCAAGAAAAUUCGCUUAGGGGUUGAAAAUUUAGCAAAAGGGAAAAGCCAAAUGCAAUUCGGAGCACAUGCCUACCUUAACAACGAGGUCCUGUUGCAACCAAAAGAAAAACACACCAUUUUGUUACCGUUUUCGGAUGAUACUUUGCACUCGUUUCAAAAUCCCAGUUUGACCGUGGAGGGAAUGGAGGAGCAGAAUCCGUUGGAUUUGGAGAAUUUUAAAUUUGGGAAGGAAGGGGACGGAAUUGUUGCCACUGAUCGUGCGGUUGAAAGUGGUGGCAAAGAUAUUUGUGACGUUGAGAAUUUGGGAUCUCCCAAGUGUGGGGCAGAGCAAAUGCCAACAAUUUCUGUUUCUAAUGAUUCUAAUUUUCUGGGAUUGAAACCGUGCUCAAGUUCUGUUACUGAAGCUGCGGACCUCAAAUCUUGCACUUGUUCCUUUUGCUCCAAAGCUGGUUAUAUCUGGUCGGAUCUCCAUUACCAGGAUGCCAAAGGUAGAUUAAGUGCUAUAAAGAAGAGUCAGAAAGAAGCAAAAAUGAUCAUUCAGAAGUUUUCUGGAUUAGAGAAUACAGUCAUGCAUGACCAGCACCGAAGUGAGGAAUCAUUGAAGUUAGAAUUGUCCCUUGUGCAUCAGUGGAAGUCUCUCUUUCUUCAAAUGCAGAAUAUGUAUACUCAAGAAAGUAGCCAACUUGAAACAAGCUUUGAGACACUUAAAAAUUUGAGAGAGAACUGCAAAACCGAUCUUGAGUUGAAUGACAAUAGCCAUCAUCAAAAUCAAUAGUUGUUUCAAUCUGUUUUUUCCCUGUAAGAUUGCUUUGCACAUCAGUUUUUUGUCUCUAAAUUUCAAUUAACAUGCAUAUGCUCGCCCACCUUUAACUUCAUCUGUAUAUUUUUUGAACUUGGUGUCUAUAGAAUACCUGCAAGUAUAUGUGUACAUUUGCCACAUCAUCUGUUUCCACCGCCUCUUGUAUGAUUUGAAUGUACUUGCUUUGGAGGAUAA